AUGGGUUAUGGUCUACAUGCAAUCUGGCUUUUUGGGGCAGAAAUCUGUGGAGAGCUCCACCUCAAGAUUUGCUUGAAGGACUUGCAGGAAGAUUUCAUGGGCGGGGCUGAGAUUCUUGUUUCGGAUCCUGUUGUCUUUUUCCGUGAGACGGUGCUUGAGAAGUCAAUCAGGACUGUAAUGAGCAAGUCCCUUAACAAGCACAAUCGUCUCUACAUGGAGGCCCGUCCCUUGGAAGAUGGGUGUAUCGGCCCUAGGGAUGACCCAAAAGCCCGCUCAAAGAUCCUAUCUGAAGAGUUCAGGUGGGACAAGGAUCUUGCCAAGAAGAUCUGGUGUUUUGGACCCAAAACUACUGGCCCAAAUAUGGUUGUUGACAUGUGCAAGGGAGUUCAGUACCUGAAUGAAAUCAAGGAUUCUGUUGUGGCUGGGUUCCAAUGGGCAUCAAAGGAAGGAGCAUUGGCUGAAGAAAACAUGCGGGGUACAUGCUUUGAGGUCUGUGACAUUGUUCUUUAUGCUGAUGCAAUCCACAGGGGCAGUGGACAGAUCAUCCUGACAGCAAGAAGGGUCAUAUAUGCCUCCCAACUAACUACAAAACCCAGGCUUUUGGAGCCUGUCGAUUUGGUGGAGAUACAGGCACCUGAACAAGCGCUCGGUGGCAUCUAUGGUGUCCUGAACCAAAAGCGUGGUCAUGUCUUUGAGGAAAUGCAGAGGCCUGGCACGCCGCUCUACAACAUCAAGGCAUACCUACCUGUCAUUGAGUCAUUUGGGUUCUGGGGGACUUUGAGGGCAACAAAAUCUAGACAGGCCUUCCCACAGUGCGUGUUUGAUCACUGGGACAUGAUGUCGUCUGAUCCAAUGGAGGCGGGAUCGCAGGCAGGGCAGUUGGUGGCUGAUAUCCGAAAGAGGAAGGGUCUGAAGGAGCAGAUGACACCUUUUUCUGAAUUCGAGGACAAGCUCUGAGGCGUCUGAUUGGCAAUGGAGAGAUUCAAGUAGUAGGUAAGUUGGUGUCCAUUUUGUCUUUUUUUUUUUUUUUGUUUUAUUUUUUAGUUUUUGUUCUUGUUUGGUUCAGACGCUGCCAGUCUCUGUUGGCUAAACGGCUGUUUUUUAUCCAGAGUUUCGUCUGUCUACAUGUUCUAAGGGGAUGAGGAUAUAUACUCUGUUUUACCUAACUUUUUAAUUUUUUUUUUUUAAAUUUGUGAUUCUGUUUUGAAAAGGAUUCCCGAAGCUAACUCCAAAUACUUGGGACAAGUCUGAGGUGAUGAUGAUGUUGAAUUGGAUAUUAUUACUGAUAUGAAAAUGCAUACGCUGCUGAUCAAAUUAGCUGGGACAGUGAUUUGACUUUUUUUAAAAAGUAAAAAAUAAAAAAAAUAAUGAUGACAACUCUACCAUGAUGCUGGUGACGACCCAUGUAAAUGCUGUAUAUUUCUUUUUCAAAUUCCUUCAGCAUAGUUGAUGGCAUAUAAUAUAACGUUUCUGCUUUUAUAGAAUCUUGAGUCUCAGGUUUACAUCAUUAUGACUAAAUUAC